AUGCUAUCAAACAACGUCGGUGACGAAUGCCGCACGAACGCUCGGGUGUGUGUGGAACAAAUGGCCUUGAAAAAGUUGCUCGAAACAAAAUUCGAAUGGAUGGACAGAACGCAUGACGGAUUCCUCAGUCGCAAAGAUGUGGAAGAAAUGGUAGUUUUGCAUGGACUACCCAGUCAAACAGUCAAGGAAUUUUUCGAAUUCUGUGAUACUAACGGGGAUGGCAAGGUGUCCAGAGAAGAAUUCAAUGAGGCACGCAAGCGACGAUUAUCACGAAAACUUAGCGGAGCAGAAAUUGGCCACUUGUUCGCGAAAUUUAGUCCGGACAAUCAAGGUCGACUGAAUUACGAUCAAUUCAAAAAGUACAUCAAGGAACAGAAUCGAGGUAUGAAAGAUGCAGAGAUACGGAAAAUGUUCAAACUGUACGACAAAGAUCGAAACAGUUAUUUGGACAUAACGGAAUUUCGCGAGCUCGUUGAGGAAAUGGCCUGA